CUUUUCAUAACCUAUGUCUUGCUUAUUUAUUCUUGGCAAUUAUAAAAGUCUAUUAGAUUUUAUUGGUUGUAAAUAAGUAAUUUUAAAAAUAAACGAUGUGAUAUUAAUUUUGUUUAGUCCUAAGAAUGGAAGAGCAGUCUUUAAGAGAUUCGUUAAAUACUUAUAAGAAACAGUUGGUCCAAGUUAAUUUGGCAAUAUCUACGUUUGAAGAUGGAAAAGAUAAAGAAGAUUUGUUUUCGCUUAAAAACAACUUAGAACAACUCAUUCAACUUACAAAGGAAAGUUUUCAACAACUUGAAAACUUAACUGCAUCAACAUCCUCUUCGAGUGACACUAGCACUUCCUUUGACUGCGAAUAUGCUUUAUUUAUGUCAGAAAUGGAAAAGGACGGAGUGCUACUAGAAAGUAAUGAAACAAGUAGCAGUAAAAUCUUAAAUAUUGAAGAUGAAUUAAAAGCAAUUGAGGGAAUGAAGUGUAAGGCUCCUCAUAAACAUCAAUGGGGUGAUGUUAUUUAUCACAAUGCCCUUAUUUGCUCUGUUGUAGCAUGUGAAAAUUAUUCCAGUAUGGAUGAUAUUGAAGUCAAAGUAAUGUUUAUAAAUCCCACACAUGAGGAGAUGCUGCCAUGUCCCUAUCUUUUAGAAUCAUCUUGUAAAUUUGAUGACGAGAAGUGUAAAUAUUCUCAUGGAGAAGUUGUAGCUUUUUCAUGUUUAAAGGAGUACAUUGAGCCGAAAUUUGAACUGCUAACAAAUGGGAGCAAAGUACUGGCUAAACAGAAAAAUAAAUUGUGGACUAGAGCCACAAUAAAAAGACUUUUUAAUGAAAAAUGUUUGGUGAAGUUUGAUUCUCAUAAGAAUGAAGUAGAGUUGGAGUUUCAUGAAGUUUUGCCCCUCAAUGAAGAUGAGGAAAGUAGCAGUGAAGAUGAAAGUAAUGAAGAAAGUGUUGGUAAAACUGAGCAUGUUAUUAAUAUAAGUCUAAUGAAUACACCAUCUUCAGAGGCUUUGGGGGGUUGGGAAAAAUAUACAAAAGGUAUAGGGUCCAAAUUGAUGCAGAAAAUGGGAUACAUUGUGGGAACUGGCCUGGGAAAAGCUUCUGAUGGCAGAAUAAAUCCUGUCUCAGCCGUGGUUUUGCCUCCAGGAAAAUCUCUAGAUCACUGCAUGGAUCUGAGAGAGAAAUCGGGAGGCGACAAAAAUCUCUUUAGUGUGGAACAUAAACUGAAAAAAUUACAGAAAAGGCAAGAAAUUCGCAGUCAGAAGAUAUACGAGCGUGAAAAAAAGAAAGUCGACGUUUUUAAUUUUCUUAACGAGACUUUAUCGAAAACGAACGACGAGGAAGAAAUGAAACGUAGGAAAUUAGAACAUAGAGGAGAGAUAAAGAGUAAAAGUUUGAGAAAUUUGAACGUGGCACAAAUGAAAGUGGAAGAAGAAAUAAAGAAGGUCGAAAGGGACAUGAUGAAAAUUAGAGACUCAUUAAAAAGACACUCAGACGUUCGAACUCAACUUAAUAAGAAUUUAAAAGACAAGUUGGUAAGUAAACAGUUUGAAUUAAAAAAUUUAAAAGCGCAAGCAAUUAAUAUUACCAACGAACAGAGUGUGAGAAAUGAUAAGAGAAAAUUAACAAUUUUUUAAAUUUAUCAUAUGAAUAAUUCGGUAUAAUAAGAGACCAUUUGUAAUUUAAAAAUGGCGAUUACAAUGAUAUUCAUUAUUGUUAAACAUUCUUAAUAACUUAGUGAAGUAAUUAAAAUGAAAACUAAAAAGCACAAUUUAUCAUUUAUUGAUCGAUAUCUGAUAAAAAGAAAAGUACAUAAAGAAUGCAUGAAUACUUAAUUAUAACUUAUAAAAUAAGUUUUUUUGCGAAUUAAAUCGAUUUAUUAUUCGAA